AUGAAUAAUAUUAACCAAACAAAAAGUUCAAGAAUACCAGAAGAAUUAAGAGUUCUAUUUGGUGAAGUAAACGUAGGAAAAUACUGUAAAAGGCAUAGUGUUCAACCAGAAGAUUUCCAAAAGCUUCGCUGCCAAACCAUUGAACGAAACAAAAUUUUGCCAAAAAAUGGUCUUGAUAUUCUGAAUGUGUUGAAGGCACGUGAUUCGCGCCGAUUAUCGAUAGGAUACGCGAGCAUAGAUGAAUUAUUAGGCGGUGGAUUACAACCUGGUGAUAUUACGGAGAUUAGCGGAGAAUCUACUUCUGGAAAAACCAGGCUUUGUUACUCCGCGUUACUGUCAAUAACAUGUUUGAACAAAGAAAAUACUGCCCUGUUCAUUGACACCAAGAAUGGGUCAUGCGCUAAUUAUAUUCGAACAUUAUUUUUGGAGAGCGAUCAAUUCGCAGAUACAAGGGAACGAGGAAUGGAUGUUGAUAAUAUAUCUGAUAGAAUUCAUAUUCAGAGAGGUUGUAUAUUUGAAGAUGAUCUAUUAAAUGUGAUCGAAGAUCUGAAUCUACAGUUUCAGCAAAAGGAGAUCAAUAAUUUUUAUUUGAACUUAAAGCUAAUAGUAAUUGAUUCGAUCACUUCGGGAUUCUCACCACUUCUCGGGUAUAAUCUCGAUCAUUAUCGUAAGGGAAAAAUUACCAGUUCAGCUCAAAAUGCUCGUCCAUAUGACCAUAAAUCGGUUUUUUCAAUAAACAAAAAACCAGCACUCGGUCAAACAUGGACAUACCUUAUUGACACAACCUUAUUUCUUUCUUUGGGUGACGGUUCAGAUCAGCGUGUGUAUAUUAAUCGUCAAGGAUGCGAAAUUCUAGGAGUACAAAGAAUAUGUGAG